GUUCCUGCUUUCCACACGGCUCAGAGACCUUCCCCAAACCACCAGAAGAAGGAAGUGAAAAGAUCUUAAAUACUGGGACCAGAACAUUCCGGUCAUCACAAGUCUGGCUUCCCAGUCAACAUGAAGGCUCUCCUUGUUCUGGGGCUUCUGCUCCUUUCCGUCACUGUGCAGGGCAAGAUCUUUGAAAGGUGUGAGUUGGCCCGAACUAUGAAAAGACUUGGAUUGGAUGGCUACAGGGGAAUCAGCCUGGCCAAUUGGAUGUGUUUGGCCAGAUGGGAGAGUAGCUAUAACACACGAGCUACAAACUACAAUCCUGGAAGCCAAAGCACUGAUUAUGGGAUAUUCCAGAUCAACAGCCGGUACUGGUGUAACGAUGGCAAAACCCCGAGAGCAGUGAACGCCUGUGGCAUAUCCUGCAAUG